AUGUCGUUUAUGACCCAAUGGGGUGCUCCCUCGAGGAGUUCCACGCCAGACUCUAGACCCCAGAUGUCAGAGGACCCUUUCAAGAGCAACCCUGCGAGACCACCAAAGAUCGAUACCUCCUUCGCUUCUGCCACCAGCAAGACGUGCGAUACACCGACCUCUCCCUCCCCUACUACUCAACAACGUUUCCGAUCAGACUCGCGGUCAGAACGCGGUUCUCGCCCCAUGUCUAUGAUCUACACGUACCAGCCGCCCCUCAUGGAUCUAGCCCAGGACACGCUGCCAGAAUUGCAGCCAAUCUUCACCUUCCUCAACAGCCACUCCAACAAGUUGUAUCAAGAAGGCUACUUCUUGAAGCUGCACGACUUGGACUCUCGUGGGCGUCCAAGCACAGAUAGAACAUGGACCGAAUGCUUCGCUCAGUUAGUUGGCACAGUGCUCUCCUUGUGGGACGCUGCGACACUGGACGCCGCAGGUGAAGAUGGUGAAGUCCUGCCCACCUUUAUCAAUGUCAGCGAUGCAUCGAUCAAGAUGAUUGAGUCCCUUCCCAUGAACGGACAGUCAGGAGGACAACUGCAAAACGUUCUGAGCAUUUCCACCGCAGCGAACAACCGCUACCUUCUCCACUUUAACUCCCUCAACUCGCUCACACAAUGGACUGCCGGCUUCCGCCUCGCCAUGUACGAACAUGCAACACUGCAAGAAGCCUAUACUGGCUCUCUCAUUGCUGGAAAGGGAAAGAUGCUCAACAACAUCCGCACAAUCAUGGAGCGAAGCAAGUUUAUCAUUGACGACUGGGCACGCGUUCGAUUUGGAGCAGGCACUCCUUGGAGACGCUGCUGGUGUGUUAUCACUCCCCCGAAUGAGAAGGACUGGGCCAAAUACCAGAAGGCACUGAAGAAGCGCGAUACGUACGACCGAAAGGUGGAGGUGCCUAAGGGCAGUAUCAAGUUCUACGAGACUAAACGCGUCAACAAGAAGACACGGCCCGUCGCAACCAUCAAAGACGCAUUCGCUGCAUACGCCAUCUACCCUCAGUCGAAGCCACUUAUCGACCAAUCGACACUUAUCAAGCUCGAAGGCCAGAUCACCAUCCACGGUGCAAAGGAUACUACCACAGAAGGCUUCCUCUUCGUCAUGCCAGAGGUGCAUCCUGCAGUCAGUGGGUUUGAGAUGAUGCUUCGCUGGUUGUUCCCUGUCUGGGACAUCUUCGCUCUAUACGGCCGACCAAACCGCUUAGUCGCAGAUUCUCUUGACCAGCGUGGCUUAAUGUUUGCCAUGCCUCGCGACCGACGAUAUGGCUAUUUGGACAUAUUGGACGUUUCUGGUCUGAUCCACACCAAAGGCAGUGGGACAUGGUCCGAACAAGACUGGAGAAGAGAGAUGAAGAAGUUGACGUCGUAUCGCAUGAACUCGGCCGACGACACACCCCCACAAGCCAGAGGAAGAAGGAACACGAUGAGUCUUGGAAACAGAACUAGCCUCUCGGUGGGUCGCGGGGCGGUCCGCUUUGGCAAUGACAGCUCCUCGAAUUCUUCGCCAUCACCAGGUAGAGGUUCUCCGGGACCGGGAGAUGGUUCCAUUCAAUUCGCACCUCCGCGCAGGGUUGAAACAACGCCCGUGAGCAUGGGCAGCCCGGGUCGUGGACACAAUCGUUCAGCGUCUGACGCGGUCGGAUACAAGCGGUUUCAGACGGAGAACCGCUCGCGACUUUCUUACGACGCUACCAGCGACCUGCAGGACAGAGCGCCCCAGCCUCCGGUGCAUGGUGGUACCCUGCCAGAAAAGAAAAUUCCUACGGUGCUCGAGCGGGUUCCGUCAGAGGAAUCGCCGUACGACCAGGAGCGGCGUCUUGAGCCUGCCUUCGAGGAGCUAAAAAUACGCUCGGCUUCUCCUCCUACGGUCACUGUGGCGCCCCCAAAGCUCAUGCACGGGCCAAACGUUAGGCCUAACCCUAAAAACCUCAACAUGACACCUGAAUUACGCAGGGCCAACUCGGCCAUGGAUGCUGCGACGCUGCAACAGCUUGUAGAGGCCACCGGGGCCACACCAUACACCGAAAAAGAGCAAUUCGACUUUACCAAUGCUCCACGAGAGGUAGCUAGUGUUACCAAUCGGACUCAAAGAUCGCUCGCUGACCCCUCGUUCCACAAUGAAGAGGUAAAUCUUACUCCAGGACCUCGACAUCAACAGCCGACUACCCGCCGCCUACCCCCCAUCCCUGCAUCUCCCUACAACCGUCCUGCACAACCCGCUGCAGCUCUCGCCAUUUCCAAGCAAGACGCCCUUCGCCCUCUUGUCCCACAGCGCAGCAUUUCGAGCAAUUCUCAAGCUGCUGUUCCUGCCCGGCCUCUUGCGAGUCCACCUCUACCAGCCAUGGCCGCACCUAUUAGCAGAAAGCCUGUUCCGAACGCACAAGAGUCUCAGCUUGCUAGCCCUCCACCUCAAAGUCCUGUCCUAUCUCGAGCUUCAAGCAAUGAGAGUUUACAAAAUGAAAUCAUGCAGCAAGCUAUGCUGGAGCAAAUGCUCCAGCAGUCACCAGAGACACUCAACAGAUCCCUCAGCCCUCCUGUCAGUAUUCCCGACGACGAGUCGGUCGAUUAUGCUAGCGUAAAAAGCAUGUCACCGCCAAAGAGAAAACCUAUUGAAAGAAGCCGGACGGGCCGCCUGAAGACGGUCGGAAAUCCCGAACACGAGCCUCAAGUACGAAGCCGCUUUGACACGGAAACCGGUCUACCGAUCAACUUCGGCCCUACAUUGACCUACAAGCCGAACGUGCGACCCUCUACAAGUGGCAGCAUGCCCAUAGAGCCACAGGACGACCCCGAGCUUCAGCAACGCCCUUCUUCGCGUCUCACACAGUUGGACAGCAAGAGAAACUCCUUCCUCGAAACACGAAGAGUGUCAAGCAGCGAGAUGAACCAAGACAGACGUCGAAGUGUGGCUUGGCAGCCAGCGGCUGCAGCUGGCGAGUCUCUUGACCAAGGUCUUACAGCAGAGCAAUGGGUUCAAUAUCGUGCUUCCCUCGCUGCAGCUCCCUUGACCCAGUCAAGAGCUACUCCGGUCUUUGGACAUGCAAGAGAGCACUCGAGCGUCGCUCGUACAUCUAAAACGCCUCCUUUCAGUCGGCCAGCCUCCGGUCUGAGUCGAACAAUGUCUGGAGACUGGACGCAACAACUGAAUCGCAUGUCACUCAACCGUACGCCUUCCGGUGAUUGGGGUCAGCAAGCAAACCGCAUGUCGAUCAGUAAGACGCCACCACCUCUAAGCCGGACCCCUUCGGGAGACUGGAGUAAGCAAGCGCCGUCUCGCCCUCACUCUCGUAACGCGGGUGCGCUCUUGAACCCUCCUAGUCCCGGGAGGACGUUGCAGCUCCAAGGCACAUCGUUGUCGGCACAUGAGCAGAUGCAAGUUGCUAGGAUGACUGGUACCUCGAUGAUCAAUUUGUCAGAGAAAGACAAGCGUAGGGACAUUAACGAAGCGGAUGCUCCCGGCCUGGUCGGUGCUAUGGCGGUUCGCGAACGUCAACGGAACAUCAAAAAAGAGGGUGUUCGAAACAACGCGGUGCAGCAAGCCAUUGCAGCUCGCCAACAACAGCAGCUGCAGGAUGAGUUCGAUGGACGGAUGAGAGCCCAGAUCGAGGCACAAGAGUAUGCUCAGCAGCAGGCCGAGCUUCAUGCUCAGCACAUAGCUCACCAGCAGGCACAGCACUAUGCCCAGCAGUAUGCUCAACAGCAAGCGCAACAGGCUCAAUUGCAGCAACAGAUGGCUCAUCAACAAGCGCAGCAGUAUCAGAUGCAGUUGCAGCUACAGCAGCAGCAGCAGCUUGCCAACUACCCGUAUGCAAAUGGGCCGGGCACAGCUCAACAACGAUCCUCGCAGUACUUGGCCCACAUGAGUCAAGCUGGAGGAUGGAGUAGUGCAGGCUCGCCUCAGCCUCAGUCAGGUUACGCGCAAUCAUAUUUUGGUCAGGGGGAUGGACAGCAUAGACAGCAAAGAAGAUAUUAG